AUGUUCAAUCAGUUAUUGUAUAUAUCUGCAUGCUUGCUAGCUCUUGUGACAUCAUUCCGUCUACAAGGUGUUGCAGUUAAGGGAAUAACCUACUGCGGCAAUAUAACACUGCGGAACACAAAAAUCAAACUCUAUGACAUAGAUACAAACCCUGGAGAUGCAGACGACUUGCUCGAUGAAAAAUACACAGACAAGGACGGCGAAUUUCGUGUAGAUGGAACUACUCGUGAGUUCACAGAUAUUGAUCCCGUUCUGUACAUUUAUCACGACUGUAACGAUGGCAUACGGCCUUGUCAGAAACGAUGGACAUAUAUAAUUCCGAAGUCAUUCAUUCAUCAUGGCAAAGCAUCCAAAUGGUACGACUUAGGAAAGAUAAACUUGAACACAACACAUCCGAAUGAAGAUCGAAGCUGCAACCAUUAA